AUGUCUGAGCUUCUCUUCAUUGCCCCAGUCGAAAAGAAGAAUGUUAAGAAACCAUCAUGGAGAGGAAUCCCACGUGUUUCCUUCACACGCCCAGCUGUUGCUGCUGAAGUCGAUCCACUUACAAAGCCAGCAUGCAAUGCUAAGCCAGUAGAAACACGCCCAUCCCUCAAGGUUGGUACAGUCGUCAUCAUUGUUGGUGGUGAGAACCAGGGCAAGCGCGCUGUUGUCGUUGCUGACCAGGGUGCUGGAAUCCUUAAGGUUGCUGGUCCAGUUGUCCCAGUUAACGAAAUCUCUCAGGACUACUUAAUCGCUACAUCUACAUCAAUCGAAGUCGCUGCUAACGCUACAGAGGCUCAAGUUGAAGCCGCUGCUGCCAAGGUCCCAGAAAUGGUCGAAUACCUUAAGGCUCCAUUCACAAUCAAGAAGGGCGAUCGUGUCCAUCUUAUGAAAUUCUAA